AUGGAAAAGGAACUUGCAGCUUUGGAGCAGAAUGGCACAUGGGAAUUAACUUCUUUGCCUGCUCACAAAAAGGCCAUUGACUCCAAAUGGAUAUACAAGGUCAAAUACAAAAUCGAUGGCACGGUUGAUCGCUAUAAAGCUCGGCUUGUAGCAAAGGGUUAUAAUCAGCUUCCAGGCCUGGAUUACACAGCAAGUUUCUCUCCUGUUGCGAAAACAGUAACUUUUCGUAUUUUCUUGGCACUUGCAGCUGCUAAGAACUGGGUUAUUCACGAGUUGGACAUUAAUAAUGCAUACUUACAUGGUUUCAUAGAUGAAGAACUUUAUAUGAAGCCACUGGAAGGAUAUUUGAAAGCUCAAACAGGUGUUGAUGAAUCCUCUAUUCUUACUGUAAAACAAUUUCUCCAUGAUUCUUUUACCAUCAAAGACCUUGGCUAUGCCAAGUAUUUCCUCGGUGUGGAAAUUGCACGAUCUACAUCUGGUUUGUUUUUUAAUCAACGCAAGUACAUAUUAGACAUAAUCACCGAUGCUGGAUUAUUGAAUUGUAAGCCUAAAGAGUUUCCAAUGAGUAAAAAUUUGAAGCUUGAUGAUGAAACAAGUGAAUUACUUUCUGAUCCUGAAAUAUACCGCAGAUUUGUGGGGCGACUACUUUACUUGAACCUUACUCGCCCAGAUAUUUCAUAUGCAGUGCAACAUCUUAGUCAAUUCCUCCAGCAUCCGAGAAAAGCACAUUGGGAAGCCCUGCAAGCAUUGCUUCGGUAUCUCAAAAGGACUCCAGCAAAGGGUUUAUUUUUUCCAGCAAAUUCAGAGCUCUGCAUUCGUGCAUAUUGUGAUGCAGAUUGGGCCACAUGCCCAAUGUCUCGCAAGUCAUUGACAGGGUAUUGCAUUUUCCUUGGCCAGUCACUUAUCUCCUGGAAAUCAAAGAAGCAAUCUACAGUUAGUAAAUCGUCAACUAAGGAUGAGUAUAGAAGCAUGGCAAUGAUGGUUUGUGAGCUCUAA